AUGCGGCCACCGUUAGCUCAUGCUGCGUCCUUAGCCCUAGUGCUUCUGGCGAAAGCAUGUCAUGUGGACGCAAGCAAGUGGAAAUUUGGAGCGCAGGCGCCAGCUACGAAAAAGCGGGUCAAGGUGAGCUUCGACGAUGAGAGCUUCUCCUUCUGGGACCCCUUCAAGAACAAGGGCUUCAACCUCACGCGAGCCGUCGGCCCGAUCGCCGAGGAGGUCGGCCGCAGGGCCCCCGGCUACGCCGCCUACGCCGCCGCCUCCACGGCGCUCGGCCUCUUCCUCCCGCCCAAGGUCAUGACCGCCGUCAACGUCGCCUACGUCGCGGCGGCUGUGGCCCGGUCCCACGAGGGCGGGGUGGAGACGUUCUGCAGGGACGAGGGGCGGCUGCUGCUGGGAAUGCCGUCGCUCCACCUCGCGGCCGCCGGCACCGCGCUGCGCGCGGCGCGGUUCAGGUUCUGGCGCCGGCUGUUCGUCAGGGCGACGCUCUUCAGGCUGCGCUACCAGCUUCGGUUCAUGAGGAUAUAUAGGCCUCGCUGGGUGAUAAGGGGGGGAUCGCCGCUGGGGCUGAUCGUGCAAGACACCGCCGACGCGGCCCGAAGCGUGCAGGGGCUGGUCCCGGACCUUUGCCGCCAGGCGGCGUUCAUCGCGGGCGGCUGCCGCUUGGCGUAUUGGUCGGAGUGCAACCCUCCACCACGCGUGGAAAAGGGGUGGUUUGUCCUCCGACGCGUCGACCGGCGACUGCGGCGGGAGCUCGGCCCCAGAGCGCAGCGCGCUCGCCCCGUAGGCGUCGGCCUCCUCGGUUGGAGGAUACCUCACCGAGUCGUCCUGGGAACCUUAAGGUUCGUUUUCAGAUCGCCGGCUGCGCGACGCGAGAACAAGCGGAUCUCCGGUCGGGCUCCCAGGCUUGUCGGCGCGGAAGGUCACGAGCAGGGGGACGGCAGCGGCGGCGGCGUCGUGGUGGAGGAGGUCGGGGAAGAGUACUCGACCGUGCUGUACGGCGACGCCGGUGCCCUUGCCGCUGGCUCGGAUCGGGACGGGGUGGAGGACGGGACGCGGAGGCGGGGGGGAAGGAAGGAGGCGUUGAUGCCCGAGGGGAUUCCCGCGGAGGGACCCCUGGUCCGCUUCCACAACGUGACCACGAUCGCGUCGCGGGGCUCGACUCUCACCCGGAGCUACCGCGCCUUGGCUGAGCUGCCGUACGGGGACGGCCAGGUGGACCCGGAGGGCGACUCGUUCUCCCUGUGGUACGCGAAGCUGCAGAGGGGCGUGCCGGCGGGGGGGGGAUGGGGUUCCGCGGGCGACGGCGGCGACCGGGACGAGGACGAGGAGGUGCUGGCGCGCAUGGAGUCGACGCCGACGCCGUCGGCGGUGGCGGCGGCGGCCCGUAAGGCGGCGACCCUCCAGCCGGUGGUGAUCAAGCGGAACGUCCGGCGGCAGCUCAUGCUCGCCGAGGACGACCUCGCCGCGGCCCGGAAGGUGCUGCGCCGCCUGACGUUCAGGGCCGAGAUCGACCUGGACAUGUCCGGCGUGCUUGCGGCGGUCGCGGCGGCCGUCUCCCGGGCCGCAGACCUCCGCACCGAGGCGAGGAGCAUCGAGAAGGUGCGGUCCAACCUGUUCAAGGCGGGCAUGCUGGGGUCGGUGGUCGGGGUGCCGGAGGUGCUGUCGUGCCCGGAGCUGGGGGCUCUCGCGCGGAAGGGGAUCCUGGUGACCACCGCCCUGCGCGGGGUGGACGUGUCGGACUCGUACGUGAUGCAGCACGCGGCCCCCGGCGGGGAGAAGGAGAGGGGCCGCUUCCUGGACGGCGUGUUCAGGGCCUUCGGGCAGAUGUGCCUCGCGGACGGCUGCUUCCCCUCGAACCCCUUGCCGGAGAACCUGCUGUACAUGUACAGCGGCCAGGUCGGCCUGACAGACCUCUCGUCCGUGACCCAGCUCGCCGAGAGCCAACGCCGGGCGCUCUGCCGCCUUUACCACACCCUGGCGGACCUCAGGCGCGAGGACGCCGUCAACCCUUCGGAGGCGGCCGAGCUCAAGGCCAGGGCCGCCAUGGAGAGCGUCGGUCUCGUGAUCGACCUUCCCCCCGCCGGUGGCGGGAUGGACCAGCAGCGGCGGCGGCGGCGGGGGGAGUGGGGGUCUCCGUCCGGGCGGGCGGCGGAGGAAGAGGCGUCCCUUGCGCUGGCGAGCGCGGCGGAGAGGGUUAUCGCCGCGACGUACGGCGGUGCUAUCGUCGGCGACGGCGACGACAGCGAAGACUCCUCGGAAGAGGAGGAGGAGGAGGAGGGGGGCGGAGGGGAGGGGCACUGGGAGGUGGGGGCGGAGGCUGACGAGGGAAAGGAAGAGGAAGGGGGGAGAGCAGCGGGGGCGGGGGCGCCGCCGCCCCCGCCGUUGGCAGCGUCGAGCGCGCCGCUGACCUACGUGAUGCUCCUCCGAGGGCUGUUCGACACGCGGAGAGACGAAGCCCUCGCGCUGGUGGGCGGCGGGGGCAUGGAGCUGUUGAAGGGCAUGGCCGUGAGAAGACUCCCACAGGCCAUGGUGCCCGUGCUCAAGAUGGUGGCCAACUUGAGGGGCCUCUGUGCCCACUUGGACGUCGACGAGUCCAUCCUGCCGCGGUUCUCGCAGGCGGCGUCGAAGGGCUUGUCUUGGCGGAAGCGACUGGCUUCGAGCCGCGGGGGCGGUGGGGACGACGGCGCGCCGCCGCGGCCACAGCUUUCUGCGGCCGCCGCCAUCUACGAUGAGGAGCAGCAGGCGGCGUCCGCUGCUGCUGCUGCGGCCGCUGCUUCUGCAGAUGACAUUUUCGUCCGAUAAAUGCGUGUUGCGGCCCCGAAAUUUGGGGGCGAGCAGCGGGGGUGGGGGGCACAAAGUAGCGGUGCUACCGUGUGUAAGGUGCACGCCUGUUGUUGCCGAUCCCGCUGCGGUCGUUCGUGGCACACCUAACAGUACCUGGCAUUUUCUGUUGUUGCGGACUGUUGUGGCUGACCAUGCCUGCAAACCCAACCACCAAGUGUGCUUGGUAAAGCUCAUAUUGCACCCGCCGGGGCCCCGCAGGUUCGCGGGUGUAUGGGACGUGCGUUGGUUGGGUGCGCAGAUGAAGGCGGAUCACUCGAUCACGGACAAGUUUGCCUGGGGGGGGGAGAGUAAGGAGUGUCAGCUGAAGGCGAGAGGGGCGAGUCUGUGCUAGUGCGUGCGGGUACGAAAAGGCUGAAGGUAGAGCUUCUUGUACAAAUAAUUGGAUGGGGUGCGAACGUCGGUUCUUACUACAUUCUUGGUACUGUUUUUGUCUUGCGGCAGGUCGAAUAUAUUGACUUGACAGAUGGAUCUCAUCUCUCGGGGAGGGCGUUGUUCGGGCUUCUUUUUUUUUUUGUAUGGCACACUUCCUCUUUUUAAUAGAGACCUCUAAAGUAUCCUGGCUUAUUUUUCUUGUGCGUAAUACAGCAGUAUAUGUUUUACAGGACAGAGGGCUAGUUCACUGCAUUCAGGCGUCGGUCCAGCAAUUCAGCGAUUGGUUGAUGCAACACUCCAAGAUGAGUCGAAUCGAACGCUAUUCACAGCAGUGUAGCCAGUCCAUCGCGGUCAAGGCUGCUGUAGAGUUGCCGUGUUCUGGGCGGCUCUAAUGGACAGCCCAACUCCGCCUGCCGUACUGUAUGCAUAGUGUGCCGGUCAGACCAAGUAGAGCCAUCGGAAGGGGAUCAUCAUCACCGCGGCCAACAAAUCAUAGCACACAAGAACCGGUGACCGGCCUGUUCCUUCACAUGUGACCGACCCACUGACUGCUGUACCCCGGUGCAAAGGGCAUGUUUGCGGUUUGUGCAGUCUGAGCGAUCCGCGUACACUGCUGUCGGGGGUACUGUACACGGCGGGGCGCUAUCGGGAAACACCCUUGCGAGGCAAAAUUGAUAACUCUUCAUUGGUCUGUCCGUACUGUUGGCCCGAACUCCUUUGCCAUCAACUUGCGUGGAAAUCCGGGGACACGAGUCUCAUCCCCCCCCGCCCCCUUCAUAUCCGAUCGCCACUCAUCACGCAAUCCAAGUUAUUUGUUGAAUUUCUUGCUAUCCAUAGUAAGUAUAACGCAACGAAUCCAUCUCUAUCCACAGAUACGACGAGUCCAGGAUAAAUCAGCAAGGAAUUCAUGCGGCGUUAUUGGAACGACACCUCCCAAGUAUGUUUUUGCCCCAGCGUCCGUGGAUCCAUCCAUGCAGCAAGUACCGAUGAAGGUCUGAAUCGAGCGGUGGAUACUUGAAGAAUUUACCCUACACCCAAUGGGCACACCGUUCGAUAGAAGCCCGAGAGCAGCGAUGCUAGUGUACGUAUAUUACGUGUCCGUAUAUCACUGUUACCGCGGGGCACACCGGAGAUGGGUUCUGGAACAUUUUACUCCUCUCUAUAUACCAUUGGCACACCGAAUUGUACAAAGGCAAAGGCAGGGAGAACACGUGCGUGCAAACCGACGACCUACGAUACUUUCAAUUUUACCCCCGUCUAAUUCCCUCUUAUUUCACCUAAUAAUAGAGUCUUCUCCAAAAACAACGAAUGGAAGCAGCGGUCGAUAACAUUCCCAAACAAUAUCCCGCCCAUCGAUCGACCUCCAUCAGUAACGUCGUCUUGCUUCCUACGCCACCAUUUUCGCGUGCAACCAAAACCCUUCUUUACGGAAUGUUCGUGUCUUGUCGCCCCCUUCUUCCCUCUGUUUUACGGGGAAAUGGAAGACAACUCUUGUAGCUCUACAUUAUUCGUCGAGAAGCCGUUGGCAAACAAUCAUGGUUCAUGACGUUCUACGCCCUGCCUGGCUUUCCAGGAUCACUACACUGCUGCCCCGCUGUUACACUGCUGUGGCGCGUGAACAACGCUACCACUCAACUGUAACCUUAAAACUAUGCACAAAUACAGGGGGGUAUUUCACACACCCCACACAACUACACACGGUAAAAAAAUCCAAUCUGGGGGUCGACGGGGGACGAACUGAAACUGCCGACAGGCUUACGCAUAAAUGUAUUAGUACGAAUACAACGUUGUCAUGAAUGUGAAGUACAAACAGAAUCAAUCAUCCUCGGAACCUCGUGGGGACCUCUGCCCCUAAAGCCCGUUAGCAACGCCCCAGGGCUAUCCAAUCCUGGCUAAAUAAACGGCGAAACGGCCGACGCCUCUAAACCCAGUACCCAUUCACGAACAAGAGCCCGUCUCUGCCUGCCUGGCUGUACGGUUCUCGACCGAAGCAACAAGAAAGCACGGCGUGAACCAGCAUUGAUGAAGCAACAGAGACUGAGGCAAAUUAAGGCAAGAACAGGUCAAAGACAAAACAUGGCACGUCGGCAAGAACGGGUUGAUUUUUCAUCCGUCCCCGCGCAACAGGCAAGAUACAGAGAAAGCACGGCAGAGAAAGCACGG